AAGUACCGUAUCUUUCGUCAAAAAUUGAGAUGAAAUUGUUCCUUGUUGUGUUGACUGUUGAAUGUUGUUGACUGUGAUCAGCUGUGUUACGUGGUGGGAGUUGUGUGUUGUGGAACAAAAUGUGGGCUGAUACGUUGUUGAUUCUUUUCAUAUCGGUAUGCACAGCAUUGUUGGGAGAAGGUCUUACAUGGCUAAUGGUAUACAGAACAGAAAAAUAUCAGAAACUAAAAGCUGAAGUAGAGAGACAGAGUAAAAGAUUGGAGAAACGAAAAGAGGCACAUGGUGACUCUUUUGAUAAACAACACAAGAAGAAAAUAGAAAGAGAAGAAGAGAAAUUGAAGAACAAUAAUAGAGAUCUGUCAUUAGUGAAAAUGAAAUCAGUUUUUGCAAUUGGUUUUGCCUUCACUGCUCUUUUGAGCAUGUUUAAUAGUAUCUUUGAUGGAAGAGUUGUUGCAAGAUUACCUUUUGUUCCAAUUUCUUGGAUCCAAGGACUGUCUCACAGGAAUCUGCCUGGAGAUGAUUACACAGAAUGUUCCUUUAUAUUCUUGUACAUUCUUUGUACAAUGUCUAUUAGACAGAACAUCCAGAAGCUGCUUGGGUUUGCACCUUCUAGAACAGCAAGCAAGCAAAGUGGUGGCCUCUUUGGACCUCCACCUCAACAGUUCAAAUAGUUUUCUGGACUUAAGCAUUUUUAAAUUUUUUUUGGAGUAAGUAGAUGUGGACACUUUAAGCAGGAGGCUACUGGAUGGUUGUUGGACAAAUAGGGAACACCCCCCCCCCCUUUCCUCUCUCUCUCUCUCUCUCUCUCUCUCUCUCUCUCUCUCUCUCUCUCUCUCUGUGUGUGUGUGUGUGUGUGUGUGUGUGUGUGUGUGUGUGUGUGUGUAUGGGGGGGGGGGGA